AUAAAAUCAUAAACAAGUCCCACACAUGUUAACCAGUUUCUCUCUGACAGAACUUUAUAUUUUAUAUUUUUAAUACACGUUGCACCAGAAUUCUGUACAAACCGAAAACACAAAUUUAGAAGCCAAUGUGAUAAUUAUUUUUAAUUAAAUCAGUGAGGCUUGCUUAUACUCAUUCAAAUAGAUAUAGUAUGUAUCAGUGAGUACUGAAUACGCUGAAUACACUUGCUAGGAAGUUAUAAAGUUCCUUAACAUAUUUUUGUUAUAUAAAAGAGUACACAUUUGCCUAAACAAGUUAUAGACAAAUUUUCCAUCCAGUAAUUUUUAUUUCUUCUCACUGCUUUGUUUACUACCGGUUGUAAUGACUUCUAUAAAACUGUGUUACGAUUGUAGGUUAUGUUAAUUUUACAAAACGACGUGUGUUAAGAGCAUGGUUGUAACAGGAGAAUACGUUUUACUCGAAACUGUUUAAUUAGAACUUUAUUUUUUACGAAUACAAGAAUGGGGGAGAUGAAAAUUGGUGGUCUCAAAGGGGAAGAGAAAUACAAUAAAGUAAUUAAACACAUUCAGGAUAAAUGGAAACUUGUACCUGCUUUUCUGAAAGGAAAGGGAUUGGUUAAACAACAUAUUGAUUCUUUUAAUUACUUUAUAAAUGUAGAAAUAAAGAAGAUAGUAAAAGCAAAUGAAAAAGUGCUCAGCGAUGCUGAUCCCUUGUUUUAUGUUAAAUACUUAAAUGUUCAUGUUGGAUCGCCUGAUGUUGAAGAAGGCUUUAAUGUAACACGUCCUACUACGCCUCAUGAAUGUCGUUUAAGGGAUCUAAACUAUUAUGCACCUAUCACAGUUGAUAUUGAAUAUAUAAGAGGUCAUCAGCCUAUAAUAAGAAAUAAUUUAUUGAUUGGAAGAAUGCCUAUUAUGUUGAGAAGUUCAAAUUGUGCAUUAAAUGGUAAAUCACAUUUUGAAUUGGCAAAGAUGAAUGAAUGUCCACAUGAUCCUGGUGGUUAUUUUAUAAUAAAUGGGCAGGAAAAAGUAAUUUUGAUACAAGAACAAAUGCUUAGAAACAGGAUUAUUUUAGAAGAGGAUAGUAAAGGAUGUAUCGUAGCAUCUUGUAACAGUUCAACUCAUGAACGAAAAACGAAAACUAACAUAGUAGGCAAAGGAGGAAAAUAUUAUAUGAGACAUAAUAUUUUUCAAGAUGACAUACCUGUUACAAUAAUAUUUAAAGCAAUGGGAAUUGUGAGUGAUCAAGAAAUUAUGCAACUGAUUGGUACAGAGGAGGAAUUUAUGAAAAAGUUCGCACCUAGCUUAGAAGAAUGUCAUGUUCUAAAUGUAUUUGCCCAGAAUCAAGCAUUAAGAUUUCUUAGUAGUAAAAGGAAGCAAAAAAGAUUCUCGGUAAUCAAAUCUAGCAUCACAGAUGAAAUGAAGGAUAUUUUGGCAACUAAUGUUCUGUCUCACGUACCUGUCGUUGACUUUAAUUUUAAAAUGAAAGCAACUUAUAUCGCUUUAAUGAUUCGUAAAGUUAUGAAAGCACAGACUGAUGGGAGACUUGUAGAUGACAGAGAUUACUAUGGAAACAAACGAUUGGAACUCGCUGGCUCGUUACUGUCUCUGAUGUUCGAAGAUUUAUUUAAGAGAUUUAAUUGGGAGUUAAAGCAAAUUGCUGACAAGAACAUACCGAAAAUCAAAGCAGCACAAUUUGAUAUUGUAAAACAUAUGAGACAGGAUCAAAUUACCAAUGGAUUAGCAUUUGCUAUAUCAUCUGGUAAUUGGACGAUUAAACGUUUCAAAAUGGAACGUCAUGGAGUCACUCAAGUUCUCUCUAGACUUUCAUAUAUUUCGGCACUUGGUAUGAUGACACGAGUUAAUUCGCAGUUUGAAAAAACUAGAAAAGUGUCUGGGCCUCGUUCUUUGCAACCAUCGCAAUGGGGCAUGUUGUGUCCUAGCGAUACUCCCGAAGGAGAAGGUUGCGGUUUAGUAAAAAAUUUAGCUCUUAUGACACACAUCACUACAGAAAUCGAGGAAGAGCCAAUCAUUAGAUUAGCCUUUAAUUUAGGAGUCGAGAAUGUUAAUAUACUUGGCGGCGAAGAAAUUAACAAUAGACACGUUUACAUGGUAUUUCUGAAUGGUAAUAUUUUGGGUGUAGUAAAGAACUAUCAGAGAUUGGUAAAUGUCUUCAGGCUGUUGCGAAGGAAAGGUCUCAUAAAUGGUUUUGUUUCUAUAUAUACUCAACAUCAACACAGAUGCAUUCAGAUUAGUUCUGAUGGAGGCCGACUAUGUAGGCCGUACAUUAUUGUGCAUAAGAGUCAUCCUCUUAUACAAGAAGGACAUAUUAAGUUACUUGAACAAGGAGUUCGAAGUUUCGAAGACUUUUUACAUGAAGGUUUAAUCGAAUAUUUGGAUGUAAAUGAAGAGAAUGAUAGUUCCAUCGCGUUCAAUGAAUCAUACAUCAACGAAAAGACAACACAUUUGGAAAUCGAACCAUUUACAUUACUCGGAGUUUGCGCUGGUUUAGUACCUUAUCCGCAUCAUAAUCAGAGUCCAAGGAAUACUUAUCAGUGUGCUAUGGGGAAGCAAGCGAUGGGAACUAUUGGUUAUAAUCAACGCAAUCGUAUCGAUACAUUGAUGUACAAUUUGGUAUAUCCUCAAGCACCUAUGGUGAAAUCCAGAACGAUAGAGCUGAUCAAUUUUGAUAAAUUACCGGCUGGACAGAACGCAAUUAUCGCUGUUAUGUCUUACAGCGGUUACGAUAUCGAAGAUGCGAUUAUCUUGAACAAAGCUUCAGUUGAUAGGGGAUUUGGGAGGUGUUUGGUAUACCGGAAUGCGAAGUGCACGUUAAAAAGAUACGCGAAUCAGACUUACGACCGAAUAAUGGGUCCAUUAAUUGAUUCUAAUACAAAGAAAGCCGUUUGGAAACACGACGUGAUCGAUAGCGACGGAAUCGCUGCACCUGGAGAAAUGGUGGAAAAUAGGAAGGUGAUGGUGAAUAAAUCAUCACCAGCUGCAAAUAUAGGUCCGGUAAAUGCUGGUAAUGUUCAAACUCAAACUGAAUACAAGGAUGUGCCAGUCGUUUUCAAGGGUCCUGUUCCUGCUUAUGUCGAAAAAGUUAUGAUCUCUAGCAAUGCGGAAGACGCAUUCUUGAUCAAAUUAUUAUUAAGACAGACACGAAGACCUGAGAUAGGUGAUAAAUUUAGUAGUCGACACGGACAAAAAGGUGUUAUUGGGUUAAUUGUGGAACAAGAAGACAUGCCGUUUAAUGAUUACGGUAUCUGUCCCGACAUGAUCAUGAAUCCACACGGUUUUCCUUCCCGUAUGACUGUUGGCAAAUUGAUAGAACUACUUGCUGGAAAAGCUGGCGUUAUAGAAGGAGAAUUCCACUAUGGCACAGCAUUCGGGGGUUCAAAAGUCGAGGAUGUCUGUGAAGAGUUGAUAAAGAAUGGAUAUAAUUACUUAGGCAAAGAUUUCUUUUACUCUGGUAUUACAGGAGAACCGUUGCAAGCUUACAUUUACUCGGGACCGGUAUAUUAUCAAAAAUUGAAACAUAUGGUGCAAGAUAAAAUGCACGCACGUGCUCGAGGUCCGAGAGCGGUGUUAACUCGUCAACCAACGGAAGGUCGUGCCAAAGAGGGUGGUUUGCGGCUGGGUGAAAUGGAACGAGACUGUUUAAUCGGAUAUGGCGCUAGCAUGAUGCUGAUAGAGAGGCUCAUGAUAUCCAGUGACGCGUUCGAUGUUGAUGUAUGCAACAAAUGUGGUUUAAUGGCAUACAGCAGUUGGUGUCACAGUUGUCGCUCCAGUUCGUGUGUUUCUACAAUUUCCAUGCCUUAUGCCUGUAAAUUGCUUUUCCAAGAACUUCAGUCUAUGAACAUCGUACCUCGCUUAACAUUAAAAAAUUAUUGUGAAUAAUUUGAUACGAUUGACCGUGAAACUGCAGUUCAUCGAGAUUCACAGUUUACAUGUAAAUAUAUUUAUACUUUUUAA